GCUGGACGGCGUUGGGAGCAGCUGGAAGGUGUCCCUGCCCGUGGCGGGGGUGCAACGGGAGGAGUUUUAGGGUCCCGUCCACCCGGACCGUUCCGCGAUCCCCUGGAAGGCCGAGGAAUAGCGCGGAAGCCCCUCAGGGGCGGGUGGAAGCGCAGGGGCCCGGCACGGAGCCCCCCCGGCGGCGGGGACAGCCCCGGUGCUGCCCGGGGGGACCGCUGGAUCCGCUCCACGUGCGUCCCGCGCGGGAUCCCGAAUGAACCGCCCUCCCCGGGGCCCUCCCGGGGCCGCCGCGGCCACCCCGGAGCGGCGGGAGCUGCCCCUGGCACAGCUCCGGCUCGGUGUCAGCGCUCGCUCAGAACGCGCGGGGAAGACCAGCCCGGAUUUUUUUGAUGCGACUUUUAAGAGGGGAAUGUGGCCGCGGAGGGGAAGGCUGCGCUGCCCCCGGAGAUGCCGUUCCCCCACCUCCAGCGGCAGGACAAGGGGGACGGGCUUCAGAGUGCCAGAGGGCAGGGGUAGGUGGGAUACCGGGAGGAAAUUCCUCCCUGUGGUGAGGGUGGUGAAGCGCUGGAAUGGAUUUCCCAGAGGCUGCCCCUUCUCUGGAAGUGCCCAAGGCCAGGCUGGACAGGGCUGGGAGAAACCUGGGCUGGUGGAACGGGAUGAGCUUUACGGUCCCUUCCAGCCCAGACCGUUCCGUGGCUCUGUGACCUCCGUGUGUCUGGCUGGAAUGACUGGAGGUGGUCUGAGGACAGAGUUACCCCUCAGGGACUGGUGGCUUUUCGUCCCUCGUGUUCUGAAACCCCAGAGGAUGGAGCUGCUUCAUCCUAACAUGACUGAAAGCGAGAGGGACGUGUUAAAGUUGGACUUUCUCGUUUAAUUUCUGUAAAGUUCAUCAUCCUGAAACUGCAGCCUCUGCUUGGAGUCGUCUAAAAUCUAAAAUGAGGCUUUUUUUUUUUUUUUUUUAGUUAAAAAAGCCCCUUUCCGGGGUUUACAAGUGGAAAGAAAGCUGGUUUAGUAAAACAGGUUUUAUUGCUGUCUGGGGGGUAAAUUCUGUCGGGAAUCCGACUCCUGCAGUGUCCUCGGGCUGUGGGAGCUGCCAGGAUGCUCCCAGGAAACAAAGGCAGGGUUCCGUAGGCACAGGGUACGAGGAGCACGAGGACAGGUUUGGAAACUACAAACGGUGAGAUUUGAGAUUCCACUCGAGAGCUGAGAAGCUGCUGCUGUGGCAGAGGCAGGAAUAUCCACGGAUAUCCAGGGAUAUCCAGGCUAGAAGCACAGCCCCCACGGAGCCACCGUGGAUCAGGCAGGGCCAGGAGGGCUCUGGGGUGAAGCUGAGCCUCCACCUUGCCCAUCAGUGUUGACAGGAAGCUUCUGGAACCUGUUCCACGGUGCUGGAAUCUCAACUGCCAUCGGAAUGCGGGGACUGGAAGAGCCUGAGGAGCUCGGGAAGUCCCCAAAACCCGGGUGGAUGGGACAGAGGGAACCCUCUGGAAUGGAACACAGCGCCCUGUUCCCUGGGAACCGCGCAGGAGGGAGCACGCUGAGGUUGCCUCCUCCUUCCCAGAGAACUCAGUCCCAGGGCUGGGGGGUAACCAGAGCCCCCUGGGCAGGAGGCAGGGACAGAGCUCUGUGUGUGCAACAGGUGACUCUGCUGCCGAGUGCUGGCGGUGUCUGUGAGGGGAGGAGAUGGUUCCGUGGGGGUGUGGGAACAGCUCUGGAGCGCUGGGAGCACGUGCAGGGCUGCUGUGUGUGGUUUGUCUCCUGGGAAUCUCCGUGUGGGCAGGAGACGCCAACGAGCCGCGGCUUCCGCCUCGUCCCAGCCCUGGGCGGCAGCUCCGGCGCGUCCUGCGCUGCUGGUUGGAACGGCGACCUGCCUCUGCAAAGUGGUACGACCGGAGGGACUACGUUUUUGUCGAGUUCUGUGUUGAAGACAGCAAAGAUGUUAAUGUAAAUUUUGAAAAGUCCAAGCUCACGUUCAGUUGUCUUGGAGGAAGUGAUAAUUUUAAACACUUAAAUGAAAUCGACCUUUUUAAUAAUAUCGAUCCAAAUGAAUCGAAGCAUAAAAGAACAGACAGAUCCAUCUUAUGUUGUUUACGAAAAGGAGAGUCUGGUCAGGCAUGGCCAAGGUUAACAAAAGAGAGGGCAAAGCUCAACUGGCUCAGCGUGGACUUCAACAACUGGAAAGACUGGGAAGAUGAUUCAGAUGAAGACAUGUCCAAUUUCGAUCGCUUUUCCGAGAUGAUGAACAACAUGGGUGGAGACGACGACGUAGAUUUGCCAGAAGUAGAUGGGGCAGAUGAUGACUCACCAGACAGUGAUGAUGAAAAAAUGCCGGAUCUGGAGUAAGGAAAACUGUCGUCUUCAGGGUUUUGGGGAAAGAACUUCAUCACAACAUUUCAUAAUUGAGAUAAGAAUUCCUGAGUUGAUAGCCCUAAAGGGAGAUCCUGCAUCCUUUAACCCAUUUUCAGUCCAUUUUAAAUGGCUUCACUGAUGGUAGGUGUGUCCCAUGGCACGGGGCGGUCUUAAGCCACGAGAGGCAAUAACGUUAUGCAUGAACCGUUUUCCAGACUUCCAAAAACAAAAAAACAAAACGAAACCCCCCCAAUUGAGGUGUAGGCAAUCCGUACAGAACAGUUGCAAUAAAGUUUACAGAGCCUCCUUGCCUCGUAGCAGAUGUAAUUGCAAUGGGAGAACCCCUCAAUUUACGCCAAAUGGUUAACGAGCAUUUUCCCCCCUCUCCUCCUCCUCCUCCAUGGCCUGAAACUGUCCGUUUGUACUGGGAACAAAACUUGUUGUCAUUGGCUCCCCAAAUCCAGCAGGCGAGGCAACAUCCCCCCUGUGGCGUCUUCAGGUCUGUUCCACUAAAGUUCGUAUUGAAAAGGAAAACCUAAAACCCCUCCUAGUUUGGUGUUGGGCCCCCCCCGAGCGGCACCGGUGGCCGGAGCCUGUCCCUGGUUCCAUGUGACCCCCCCAGAGCUCCCCCCUCCUCGCCCGGGGUGAGUGGCUGUACAUUGUUUGCUUUGUCAAUCUGUACAUUUAGACCAAAUCGUAUUUGCACUGUGGGUUUGGCAGCGAGUGACAGACCGUGGGGCCUGCGACCGGGCUGAGAAACCUCAAUUUAUGUUCAGAGCAGCUGGGAUUUUUUUAAUGUCUGCAUUCUUUCUAAUAAACUGUUGAAGACUC